AUGGCUGAACAAGCAACAUCCACCGCUGGAAAACCGGAGACAGCCAACAUAGAAAGGGUCAACAGUCGACAACAGGGCGAUGUGGCCCUAGCGAGGCCCCCAGAAAGAGUUACCAGGACCAUAUUCUUCUUCUCUACAUUCAUCGCCCUCAGUGCAGCAAUAUGCAAUUUCGACCUGAAUUAUGGUGGUACGGUCCUUCUGAUGGUGCCUUUCAACACCGCAUUUGGACACUGUGAAGAACUUCCGGGCCCAUCUGGCUCUGCUAUCCAGACGUGUAGGAUCUCGGCUCUACAGCAGUCCUUGACCAGCCUGACCUCAUUAUUCACUGCAGUGGGGUCUGCUCUUUCAAGUGUGACUGGGACUUACAUUGGUCGCCGAGGCACUAUUCAAGUUGGUGCCAUAUUGGUGUUGAUUGGUGCCGCCGGAAUGUUGGGAACGUCUUCAAGCUACCUCGACUACAUGGUGUGCAAAUGCAUUGGUGGAAUUGGCCUCGGUUUUCUAUACAGCGGAACCAUCGUAUAUGGUGUCGAGUGCACACCUUCGCAUAAACGUGGUAUGCUUCUCGGGCUGUUCUCUAUCGGACUCGGUGCCGGUAGCGCUGUCGCCGCUGGCGUCUGCGCCGGCUCAGCAAAUAUUCGGAGCAAUUGGGCCUGGAAAACUCCGAUUAUAUGCCAAAUCCCUUUAUCGGUCGGCCUGGUAGGCGGCAUCAUGCUCUUCCCAGAGUCCCCGCGUUGGCUGCUGAUGAGGAACAAGGAGUCUCAGGCUCGCCUCGCGCUAGGAAAAUUCCUCCACAAAGAUCCUAACUCCGACGCCGUGAGUUCCCAAGUCCGAGAAAUGCAGACUUAUUUGGAAUUUGAAAAGGUCAUGGCCUCGACGACCUCAUUUGUGGAAAUGUUCCAUAAAAGAGCACUCCGCCGCACACUCAUUUCCGUCUUCCUUCUGGUGAUACCCGCAUUGGGAGGAACUUUCUUCAUAAUCCCAUACACAGCAGUGUUUCUGGGGGGCCUUGGAAUCAAAAGCCCAUUCUUGAUCACAGCAAUUGUCGGACUUUGUAUAUUUGCUGGAUCACUCCUGUCUGGCUUUACUGUGGAAUAUUUUGGGAGAAGACUCUCUCUUCUUCUCGGUUUGUCGAUUAUGGGCGCAUCUAUGUUGAUAUUCUCCGCCGUGAGUUCAGGGCUAGGCACACAUGCGAAGGUGACCCAAAAUGUACUGGUGGCAUUCUUGUGUAUCUGGUGCUUCACAUUUGCAAGCACUGCCUCACCUGCCCUCUGGGUUGCGUCUGCUGAAAUGCACUCUGUCCGGCUUCGGAUGCAUGGGCAGGCCCUGUCGCUCUUUUGUAACUCGGUAUUUGCAUUCGCUGCUUCAUUUUGGACUCCAUAUAUGAUCAAUCCAGAACAUGGAAAUAUGGGAACGAAUGUGGGGUACUUCUACUUUGGACUUCUUGUUGUGAUUCUAGCCAUCACUAUCGUCUUUGUCCCAGAGACAGGCCGCUUGAAGUUGGAACAGGUUGAUGACUAUUUCGCAUCAGGAGUUCCAGCAUGGAAGACAUCCCUCGCGCGAAACAAGAAAAUUGCGGAGCAGAAUAUUCUUGAAGUCUCUGCGGAGAUGCAAGAUGCAAAGCAGGUUCGUCUCGAGGACGAUUGA